GGUGGGGACCUUGCCGACAUCCCAGGGGUUAGAGAUCCCCCUUGACGCUGAUCCCAGGGCCAUGUCCCCUUCAGAAGAGCCUCCCAUGCCCUGGGUGUCCUCGGGCUCCAGCAGUGUCCCUGACCGCUAUGCGGAAACGGUGGAGGCUCUCCGCCAGAUCGGGCAGCUCAGCCACCUCUGUGCCACCCUGAAGCAGCAGGUGGCCCAGCUGGAAGCCACCAAGUCGGACCACGCUGAGCUUGAGAAGCUGCGCCUACUCCUCUCGUGGGGAGGCAAGGAGAGCAUUGCAAGCAUCCUGACCGACCUCCAGGGCCGGGUGUCCUCGCUUCAGGGCCUGACCAGCGACCUGCAGGGUGAGAAUGGGAAGAUCAGGCAGCUGGAAGAUGCCCUUGGAAAGCUGGAGGUAGCUGUAGCCACCUGGAAAGGGGAUGUCAGCGACCAGAUCAGCCUGCAACUGGGGUCCACACUGCAGGAGAUGAAGUGUAAGCUGAAGGAGCUGGAAGAACAGCAGGAGAUGAUCAAGGCCACGCUGGAGCAGUUGGUGGCCAAGCCAGCUGACAAGCUGCAGGAGCAGCUGGGUGAGCGGAGGGCGACGGUGUCAAGCACAGGGCAGGAGCAGGCAGAGGUGCAGGCAGCGUGCCCCGUCUGCAGCACAGACAUCAGCAAGCAGGUGGGGCAGCUCCUCCAGCGCUACGAGCAGCUCCAGGAGCAGAUGGACGAUUGCAUGUCACGGCAGGCGGUGGGCAAGGUGGUGAGGCAUCUGCCAAGGAAGAGCCAGCAGGACGCGGAGCUGCUGAAGCACAUCCAGGCCACCAUCACGCAGGUGCAAGGGGAGUACGAGAAGCUCAGCUCUGUCACCGGGAACCUCCUGAAUGACCAUCACCAGAAGCAGAAAGAUAUCGAGGCUCUGUUCCGGUCCCUGGAGAGGCUGGAGAAGGAGAAAGCAGACAAGGAAGACCUUGUGCUGGGAAUUGAUAUGAAAGCAGACAAAAGCGCCCUGGCCGGCCAAGUGAGUCGCGCCCAGUUUGACGCAAGUGUGGAGCGGCUGCAUGAGAUGAUCCAGGAGAUGCUGAGCCGGGUGACGGGGCAGGAGCAGGGCUUGCACCAGGCCCAGCAGCAGCUCAGGGAAGAGAUGGACUCCAAGCUGGACCGCCUGGAGCUGGGCCCUUUCCGGCAGCAGCUGGAGGAGCACUGCAGGACCAUCCUGGAGCAGCUCAAGGAGAAGGCGCCGCUGACGGAGGCUGACGAUGCAGCUGGGAUGAAGAAGCAGGUGCUGGCCCAUUUCCACUGCAUGUCCUGCGACCGGCCCCUCAGCAUGCUGGUGCCUGGCCCGCACAUCGUGGCCAUCCCGUCCAUGCCACCGCUGCACCCCAACCUUGCCGGGCGCUCCCAUACUGCCCUUGAUGUGGAGGAAACACCGCAGCACAGCCACAGGGAGCGGGCGGCUGAGCGUGGGUACCCCAGCGUGCCACGGCGCUGCGGGGGCCGGCACACCCUCACCCACCCGCUGCAGCGCUGCCCGUGCCCCCAGCCCCUCCUGCCCGGCGCCCUGCGGCCACUCCAGCCCCAAACCCUGCCGCCCAUCAAGCACGACGAGAUAGAGCUGUUGGGCCAGGAUGGCCACAUCUACAGGGGCCAGCGGGGCGAGCAGCUGCCUGUGCUCGUGGGCAAGGAGGGAACGGCUGGGCCAUGCUUCAGGAGACGAUCCGGCAGGAGUGAAGGGGGCAGUGGAGUGGGCAGGGUGCCCAGUUUUCUCUCCACACAUGUUCCCCCUGGCUCCCCUCAGCCCAGCUCCCUCUGCUCCCUCCUGCCAAACGUCCCCAGGGCCAAGCCCAAGCUGUCCCCGAGGCAGUGGGACACCAGGGACACCGGCCGCCUGCUCUCCCGGGCCCAGAGUGCUGGGUCCUCACUUAGCCAGCCAGGCACCUCCACCUCACCAGAGACCAGCCCAGCCUCAUCCCACGGCCACUCCGCCCAGGAAUGGGAGCUCCUCCCGCCCUUGGACAGAUCCAGCACCCCGGAAGCCAGGCAGGACUGGGGGGCCCCGACUGAACCCCCACCACAUCGUCCACCAAACAGGCGAGGAAGCAUCUCUGGCCAGCAUCAAUAAAGGGCU